AAAAUGCUUCGUUCACUUUCCACGAUCUCCAAGUCUACCGUCCGCUGUAUGUCAUUGACAUCCAAAAUGGCUGCUGAGCAACCGAGCAAGCAAGAGGUUGAUGACUUGUUCGCUGAAAAACCACAACAUCAUAACCCAGAACAAAGACGGCAUGCAUACAGUGUGAAUAAAGUGGAACUAGUCGGAGGAGUCGCCUUGGAUCCAUUGUACAAGACUGGAAGGAACGGAAAACCUUACCUCAUCUUCAAUAUCAUCACCAACUCGUACUUCAAGCAGCAAGACGGAACUACUCUCGAUCAAACUGAACGUCACGCCGUUUCAGUUUUCGGAAAGCAAGCCGAAAUCCUUUCAAAAACCAUCAAGAAAGGAUCCCGUCUUAUGGUUCAGGGGAGACUUCAUUAUUCUGGAGGACAGAAGGACGAACAAGGAAACCGUACACAACGCAACACCUACAUCAUCGCUCAAACUGUUCAACCAUUGGCUCGAGCAGCUAGAGAGAAUCCAGAUCAACAUUAAUUUUCAAAAUUUUUUAAAUAUUUAGAAUCUCCGAUAAUAGACCAUUGUUGUUGUUUUUGUUGACGAGUUAUUUACCUGAUUAAACAUUAUCUCAUAUUUAAA